AUGUCAGCAUUUACUAGAGACGUAUGUCCACGCAUAUUCACGCCACUUGUUGUAUAUCAUGAUCAUCCUUCGGCAGCCAUCCCAUCUCCACAAUACCAAAUCGAUCGUCAUUUAGCCAAAACCACUGAAAUGCUUCGCCACAAUGCACACUUUUGGGUCUCGUCGCGGGAAACACAGAAGCAAACACAAAACACGACCCUAUCAUUUCGCCUAGAAAGUCCUCUCGUGUCACCAACUGCAUCCACAUCCACAUCUAGUUGGUCAUCAGCAACAUGCGAAUACCAACAACCACAACGACAUUAUACGAAUCAGCAGCAACAGCAGCCGCAUCCACAACCCCGAGCAUCCACUAGUAAACGACGUCGUGGCAAUCUCCCUAAGCAAGUGACCGAGUAUUUGAAAGCAUGGCUCGUCGACCACAAACAACAUCCAUAUCCAUCUGAAAAAGAAAAGCUUCACCUUGCUCAACAAACGGGUCUUACGGUAAAUCAAAUCAGCAAUUGGUUCAUCAAUGCACGUCGUCGAAUCUUGCAGCCGAUGCUUGAAUCAGAGUCUCUCCAAGCCCGACUCAUUGGACAGCAUCUAUAUGGCUUGAGACAAUAUGACAUAGCUGGAUUAAGAGGAUUACCACCACCACCAGCAAUAUCAUCAUCAUCAUCAUCAACUAUGCUACCACCACCACCACCAUCAUCAUCAUCAUGGGCUUUUGGCGAACGUACUACAAUGGACCAUCAUGUGGAUGCGGAUCGGGUCACCCGUGACACCACUUGA